AAAGUAUCUUACUCCAUUAUUACUUAACUACAAAGCAACUAAACACCCAAACAUAAACGCCAACACACUUGACAUUUAUAUUUAGUUUAGCCCAUUAAUUUAGAAAGCUACAACCUGUUCUCUCUCUCUCUGUCUGAACCAACUGAGUGAGUUUGAAGAUGGGUCAGGAAUCGUUCAUUUACAGCUUUGUGGCACGAGGUACGAUGAUACUAGCUGAGUUCACCGAGUUCACCGGCAACUUCCCGGCGAUCGCAACUCAGUGUCUUCAGAAACUCCCUUCUACGAACAAUAAAUUCACUUACAACUGUGAUCACCAUACUUUUAACUUCCUUGUCGAAGAUGGUUAUGCUUACUGCGUUGUUGCCAAAGACACUGUUGGGAAACAGAUUUCUAUUGCAUUUUUGGAACGCGUGGCAGCGGAUUUCAAGAAAAGAUAUGGGGGUGGUAAAGCAGGAACAGCUGUUGCCAAAAGUCUCAAUAAAGAGUUCGGACCGCUCAUGAAACAACACAUGCAGUAUAUAAUUGAUCAUGCGGACGAGAUUGACAAGCUGAUAAAAGUGAAGGCUCAAGUUUCUGAAGUUAAAAGUAUUAUGUUGGAAAAUAUAGACAAGACCAUUGAAAGAGGAGAAAACCUGACCAUCCUUAAUGACAAGGCGGAAACCUUACGUGAUUCGGCGCAAGAAUUCAAGAGAAAAGGGACCCAAAUCCGGAGAAAGAUGUGGUACCAAAAUAUGAAGAUAAAGUUGGUUGUUUUUGGUAUACUACUGCUUUUGGUUCUGAUAAUCUGGCUUUCAGUUUGCCAUGGUUUUAACUGCGCAAACUAAUUUCUUAUUUAUCAGUCAGCAUGGGUGCUUUCUGUGUGUUAUUUAUAAAUGAGGACUAUUUUUCCAUCUUUUUUCUUGCUUGUUUUAUUUUUGCAGCUAAAAUUUGUCAGUUUCUUGUGACUAGUAAAGUUGUACAAACAUUUCGUUAUUCAUAAAGAAAUAUAGUAGUAGCCAAACUAAUUACAGA